GGUAUUUAAAGAUGGCGGAAAUCAUGGGAUCCUCUUCGGAGGAAAAUAUUGCGACUGGACCUCGAGUGGUUCGGAUAUACAAAUCCGAUACGGGAUUCGGUUUCAAUGUCCGGGGUCAGGUGAGCGAGGGAGGGCAAUUAAAAAGCAUCAAUGGAGAAUUGUAUGCUCCCAUGCAGCAUGUCAGUGCCGUACUCGAUGGAGGAGCUGCCGAGAAGGCCGGCGUUCGGAAAGGGGAUCGAAUCUUAGAAGUAAAUGGCGUGAAUGUUGAAGGUGCCACCCACAAGCAGGUUGUGGAUCUCAUCAAGGCUGGUGGGGAUGUCCUUACACUCACAGUCAUCUCUGUGAGUCAGCAGGAAGCAGAGAAGUUAGAACCAGGAGAGGACAAUGGAGGUUACACAUACAUUGACUACAGUGAGAAACGAUCUCUUCCCAUAUCCAUCCCCGACUAUACGUGGGUGGAGAAACCCAGUGAGAAAUAUGCUGUGUUUAAUAUCUACAUGGCUGGCAGACACUUGUGUUCAAGGAGAUACAGGGAAUUUGUGUCCCUUCACUCAUCCCUCAAACGAGACUUCAUGGACUUUAAUUUCCCAAAAUUGCCUGGGAAGUGGCCAUUCAGCCUCAGUGAACAGCAGCUGGAUGCCCGGAGGAGGGGGCUUGAACAGUACCUGGAGAAGGUGUCUGCUGUGCGCGUCCUUGCUGAAUCUGAUGUCCUUCAGGACUUUCUUACUGACUCUGAUGAGCAUGAGACCCCUAACCGAAGUGGAUUGAGGCAACUGAAGAACAGCAAAGAAUGCAUGAAAAAAGAGAGAAAGAUAGUGAAAUUAGCCUGGAGUGCCACCAAGCCAUGCAAGAGUCUCGUCAGGGGCACGACCCUGCUAUCAGCUUGUGGUGCAGCUUGA